UCCUUCCUUCCUUCUUUCUUUCUCGCCUGCCUCUCUUUUUUUCCACCCUCCCCCCUCCCCGAACAUACAUGCAACGCUCCGCUUUUCCAAUCUCUCCGCAAUUCAUUACAGCUUUUAGCUUUCCAAGCGCCAGCUAAUUAAAAAAUACCCAGCCAAGGCGAGGAGGAGGAGGGGAAUAAAUGAAAAACGAUGAACCAGGGUUUGCUGGAACGAUUAUGAAAGAGAGAGAGAAAGAGAGAAAGAAAGAGGGGGGGGAACCCCUCUGUCCUGAAAACAAGGUCGCCCAUUUUUAUAUCUCUGGACUCUUAAUUACUGAAUUACCCACGACAUGACUUACUCACGCCUGCAAACACCCAAACCCUGAAAAGCAAUUGCAAUCCGAUUCCCCACCCCCUUUAAACUUUAAAUGGUGGGAAUAUUUUGCUUCCUUUUUUUUUGCAAAGGAUCCCUUUCCAUCUGCACUCCCACCAAAUCUUCUGAUAACUGGUUUAUCAGGCUCUGCUUUUUAUUCCCUCCCUUUUCCUCUCUUUCCCUCCCCCCUUCCUUCUCUCUCUCUCUCUCUCUCUCUCUCUCUCUCUCUUUCUCCCUCCCUCUUUCCCCCUCAAGUUAGUUCAAGAAGUCAGAUCUGUCAGGACGGGAGGAGGGGGGGGGAAAUGCCACUUCCCGACUAACAGGCGGAAUCCAGCCCAGAUUUUCAGUCCUCUCUCUGCCCCCCUCCCUCUCUCUCACUAAUUUUCCCCGAUGUUAGCACAUUCUGCCUUGUAACGACCCGGACGCCUGUAGGUUUUCUUUCAUGGGAUCAUUACUUACUGAUCAGGAUGGCUGCAGAAUCUGGAACUGACGACGGGAUGUGAAGUUGGAGGAAAACAAUUUUGCAACCUUUUUUAAUUUUUGUUUUUUGCUACAAUCACAUCAUCUUGGUGCUUUGCUCCAGCAAGGGAGGGGAGAAAAGGAUUUUUCUUUUUUCCUGGGGGGGUGCUUGAGGGCUUCUGAUGUUGUGAAUGUGAAAUGCUACCUUGCAAGCCGGUGAAGUUGUGAGCAACCAAAUAUUUUAAAGGAGGAAAAAACCCACACCAAAUCUCCAAAGAAAAGGUGGUGGUAGUUUUGUGUGUGUGUGUGUGUGUGUGUGCGGGGGGGGGGAGGACCUCUGUUUCCCCCCUCAUUGCCAAAGUGGAAAUAUGUUCCUCGACGAUUACACUGGCAGAAAUGUUACUUUGGUUUCUUCUACGUGAUCACUUGCUCUUUUAAGGAAAAUGAAAUGGGGGAGCUGACUUUUUUGCUGAGACCAGUGAGGAGAGAAUUUUGAUUUGCUGGCUUAAUUUUUUUUUUAAUAAAAAAAAUGAUAAAGGAUUAAAGGAAAAGGUGGACCUGGACUUCAGGGUAUCUACCCAAAUAUACCUGGGGAAGGAAGGCGAGAAGAAUUACAUUUUAAAAAGGCCCACGGAGAUAAACGAAUGUCCCCUCAUCUCCAAAGGAAAGUUCGUCUGAUUUUUACUCCAGAGGUCUCGUAUUCAGGAUGUCAUUGAACACUUCCGCUGCUGGCAAAGGUGUGGAUCCAAACACGGUUGAUGCUUAUGACAGUGGUGAUGACUGGGAAAUUGGGGUUGGGAAUUUAAUCAUCGAUUUGGAUGCUGAUUUGGAGAAGGACAGACAGAAAUUUGAGAUGAAUAAUUCCUCGAGUUCCAAGGAUUGUGGGGGUCUCGCUUCCAGUGGGGUGAACGCUACCUCCGCCUUAGCUGAUGGCCUAAAAUUUGCUUCCGUCCAGCCCCCCGCCCCGCAGGGGAAUUCUUCACACAAAGAAACGAGCAAAUCAAAAGUGAAAAGGAGUAAAACUUCGAAGGAUGCUAGUAAAUCUCUGCCUUCUUCUGCCUUGUAUGGGAUUCCUGAAAUCAGCAGCGCUGGCAAGAGGCAGGAAGCCCAAGGGCGCUCAGGCGAGGCGGCUGGCAUGAAUUCAGCGCUGGGUCAAAGUGUGAGCGCCAACUCAAAUGGCAAUAACAACACCAGCAGCAGCAACAACAACAACAACGGCAGCGGCAGCGCUAUUGCUUCCUGUGGGAAAAAUAAUAAAGAGGAGAAGGCAGGUAAAGCCCAGGGCAGCAGAGGCUCCAAGCGGGAUAAGGAUGGAGGGAAAACCAGGAAGGACAAGCAACUUGACCUGCAGCAGGGACACAACAACAACGGGAGCCAACCUCCCCCUGGGCACUUGUAUGGCUUUGGGACCAAGGGAGGUGGCGUUGGGAGCAACAGCCCUUUCAACUGCGCCGCCUCCGCCGUGGGGGAUGUGAGCAAAAGCGCCCCAGAUUCAGGGUUAAUGGGGAACUCUCUCUUGGUAAAGAAAGAAGAGGAGGAGGAGGAAAGCCACAGGAGAAUCAAGAAGCUGAAAACAGAAAAGGUUGACCCCCUCUUUACAGUGCCUGCACCUCCGCCUCCUAUCUCCAGUAGUCUUACACCUCAGAUUCUGCCUUCCUACUUUUCCCCAUCUUCCUCCAACAUUGCUGCUCCAGUUGAGCAACUUUUGGUACGGACUCGUUCAGUGGGUGUGAAUACUUGCGAUGUUGGAAUAGUAACGGAACCUGAAUGCCUUGGACCAUGUGAACCUGGGACCAGUGUGAAUUUGGAAGGGAUUGUAUGGCAUGAAACCGAGGAAGGUGUCCUAGUAGUAAAUGUUACAUGGCGGAAUAAAACAUACGUUGGAACGCUGCUUGAUUGCACAAAACACGACUGGGCUCCUCCUAGGUUUUGUGAAUCGCCAACAAGCGACCUGGAAAUGCGAGGAGGCCGGGGACGGGGGAAGCGAGCGCGGUCCGCCGCCGCGGCGACUGCGCCGGGGGCGGAUGUCAGCUUCACAGAGUCCAGGGGACUGCAGGGCAAGAACAGAGGUGGUGCCAAUGGCAAAGGAAGGAGGGGCAGCCUUAAUUCGAGUGGCCGCAGGACACCCCCAAAUUGUGCCAUAGAGGAUGUCAAAGUCAGCCCCUUGUCCACCAAUAAAAGGAAAAAUAAGCCACCCAUGGAGCUGGAUUUGAACUCCAGCUCAGAGGACAAUAAAUCUGGGAAGCGUGUCCGUACCAAUUCUAGAAGCACUCCCACCACUCCCCAGGGCAAGCCAGAGACUGCUUUUUUGGACCAAGGCUGCUCUUCUCCGGUUUUGAUUGAUUGCCCCCAUCCCAACUGCAACAAGAAAUACAAGCACAUCAAUGGGUUGAGAUACCACCAGGCUCAUGCACACUUGGACCCGGAAAACAAACUGGAAUUUGAGCCUGACAGCGAAGACAAAAUCUCCGACUGCGAGGAGGCGCUCAGCAACGUGGCACUGGAAUGCAACGAGCCAAGCACAAGUUUCUCUCAUUUUGAUCAGCUGAAAGCGCCCGCCUCUCCCUGCCCCCUCAGCACCCCCGGGACGCCCAAGGGGAAAAGGGAGCAGGCCAGCAACGGCAAGAACUCUGGCAAAAAGAGGGGCUUGAACAGCGAACUCAACAGCCUGCCGGUCAUUUCCAACAUGACCGUGACGUUGGAGAACUGCUCGGUGGCAGACGGCAGUUUGGCGGCCGAGAUGCCCAAACUGGAGGCUGAAGGGCUAAUAGACAAGAAGAACGGGGGAGAGAAAGAGAAAGGCAAGAAAGGCAGCAACUGCAAAGUCGAGAAGAACCUGUCGAAGCUGAAAACGGCCCGGCCCAUUGCCCCAGCUCCAGCUCCAACCCCGCCUCAGUUAAUAGCUAUACCGACGGCAGCCUUUACAACCACCACUACCGGCACGAUGCCAGGAUUGCCCUCGCUGACGACGACUGUUGUGCAGGCGACACCAAAGAGCCCUCCGCUGAAACCUAUUCAACCAAAGCCCACCAUCAUGGGGGAGCCGAGCACCGUCAACCCGGCCCUCACGUUACUCAAGGACAAGAAGAAGAAGGAGAAGAGGAAGCUGAAGGACAAAGAGAGCAAAGAGAGCCUAAGCCCCAAAAUGGAGCUGAAGCUGGGGAAGUUGGAGGACGCCAAGGGGCCCGGGAAAGAGAUCGCCGGGCAUUUUUUAAAGGAGCAUCUCAGCAAGAAUGAGGUGCUGGCGAACGGGCUGUCGGAGUCCCAAGAGAGCAGGAUGGCAAGCAUCAAGGCCGAAGCGGAUAAGGUUUACACCUUCACAGACAACGCCCCCAGCCCGUCGAUAGGCAGCGCCUCCAGGAUGGAAUGCAGCACUUUGGUGAACGGACAGUCGUCCAUCGCGCCGCUGCAUGUGCUGACGCAGAACGGGGCAGAGGGCGCCGCUGCUAAAACCAACAGCCCGGCUUACUCCGAUAUCUCGGACGCGGCCGACGAUGGCGGUUCCGACAGCCGGUCGGAGGGGAUGAGGUCCAAGGCCAGCUCCCCUUCGGAUAUUAUUUCUAACAAGGACAGCGUUGUCAAAGGGCAUUCCUCCGCCCCGGUGCAGCCGCCCCAAGUGAAAGAGCCCCAUUCUCCCUAUUACCACGGUUAUGAUCCGUACUAUUCUCCAAGUUACAUGCACUCCGGGCAGGUCGGCGCCCCUGCGGCUGGGAAUGGCAAUAACGCACCGGGAAUGAAGAUCAAAAAGGAGGCGGAGGAAGAGGCUGAGAAGAAAGAGAAGGCCGAGCCGGCUGAGUGCAAGAAAAGCGAAGCCAGUCCCACUAAUUUACAACCUCAGCACCAGUCGGUCAUAACUCAGAGGCAUCCUGCACUCGCCCAAUCACUUUACUACGGCCAGUAUGCCUAUGGGCUGUACAUGGACCAAAAGUCCUUGAUGGCUUCGAACCCAGCUUACAGGCAGCAGUACGAGAAAUAUUACGAGGACCAGAGACUGGCGGAGCAGAAAAUGGCGCAAACUGCUGGGAGAGAGUGUGAAAGGAAAAACGAACUCCCCCUCAAAGACCUGGGGAAAGACGAUAAGCUGAAAAACAUCCCCUCCGCUACUAUCUCCAAAGCGCCUCCGACUCCCGAGGCCAGUAAAAAUAACUCUAAAAUAGGGUCAUUGGUCCCUAAUAAAACGGAGGAGACAAGCAAAUCGCAGCUUCUUCCCAAUCAUCAGCAACAGAUUCAGUCGGAUAGCUUCAAAGCAAAGCAAAUGGAAAAUCACCAGCUUAUAAAGGAGGCGGUGGAAAUGAAAUCGGUUAUGGAUUCUAUGAAACAGACUGGAGUAGAUCCCACUACAAGGUUUAAACAGGACCCAGACACGAGAACGUGGCACCAUUAUGUAUAUCAGCCAAAAUAUCUUGAUCAGCAGAAAGCGGAGGAGCUGGAACGUGAAAAAAAGUUAAAAGAAGAUAGCCCCAGAAAAACACCUAACAAGGAAGCCUCCUUCUCCAGCAUUCCUGUCUCAUUAAACAGCAUUAAAGAGGAGCCUAAGGAGAUCAAGCGUUCCGAUUCCCAGUCACUGGAGGAGAACAAGAUCAAAAAUGAUGAUCGAAAGACUCCCGUGAAUUGGAAGGAAUCACGGGGCGCCAGAGUGGCGGUUUCCUCUCCAAUGACUCAGCACCAGUCGUACAUACAGUACUUGCACGCUUACCCUUACCCCCAGAUGUAUGAUCCAAAUCACCCUGCGUACCGCGCUGUGUCUCCUGUUCUCAUGCACAGCUACCCAGGGGCCUAUCUGUCGCCGGGAUUUCAUUAUCCUGUUUAUGGAAAGAUGUCCGGAAGAGAAGAGGUGGAAAAAGUCAAUACCAGCCCUACUAUCGGUGUAAAAUCUACCACUGAAUCGAAAGCACUGGAUUUGCUUCAGCAACACGCCAACCAGUAUCGCAGCAAGUCUCCUGCUCCUGUAGAGAAAUCUACUUCUGAGCGCGAAAGGGAAGCGGAGAGGGAGCGAGAUCGACAUUCCCCUUUUAGUCAACGGCAUCUUCAUACCCAUCACCACACCCAUGUCGGAAUGGGCUACCCACUAAUUCCUGGUCAAUACGACCCGUUUCAAGGGCUGACCUCUGCUGCCCUUGUCGCCACUCAGCAGGUCGCGGCUCAAGCUUCUGCAUCUGGUAUGUUUCCUGCACAACGGAGAGAAUGAUAAUUUUGGAAAUGUGCAUCGUCAUGUGACUGGAUCACAUGAAGAAGAAAAAGCGCUUUAUUACAGACAUCAGUUCCAUGGUGUUAAUUUGAAAUGCCUUAAUGGCAGGCAAAAACCAGUCAUUUCAUUUUUGUAAAUUGCAGAUUUUUAUCACAGAGUAACAAAUGUUGCUGUAUUUAGACUUCUGUUUUUUAUAUAUAUAUGCUUAUAUAAAUAUAAAUAUAUAUAUAAAUAUAUAUAUAUAUAAAUAUAUUCUUUACUUUUUGUAUCGGUAAUCAGGCUCACACAGAGAGCCUGCUGCUAAGUUGUAAACCACAAAGUAAAUGAAAAGAAGUGUAUUGUCUUGUUUGGAAAACGUUAACCACAAAAGGUUGUUUGUUUCUUCUUUUCCUUCCUUUGGCUUUUUUAAUUGUAAAUAACUAACGUUGCGUAUCUGUGUGCCUGAACCUUGCAUACUCUUCUAAUAUUGCCCACAACCCUCAAUAGAGGUUAACUGUGACGACGAUGACACUUUGGUACAAUUUAGAUGUCUAUUUGGUAUCUCCUAUUAAGAUGCAUCAGUGUAAAAUGUUACUGUAUUAACUGUCUCAUUGUAAUUGUGUAUUGUGAAGAAUAUACAUUCGGAAGGCAUGGGGUUGCCAGUACCACAAAAACUGUGUUGUACAUAAUGUACAGGAUUUUAAAUGGGGAAAUAAUGAGCACCUGUGAAUAAUGAAAUGUCCUUUUUAUAAUCUUGAAUGGCAAAUAACCCAAUAGCCUGCAUACCAGAAGACGUCUGUGAUUGUUCUAUUACUUGAAUAGUCCUGCAGUCUUUUUUUUAAUGUUUACAAUUAUCCCGUUUUAGAAGAGAGACUUUAAUGCCAUUGCCUGGUUACUUGUUUUAUGCUGUAAUCUAGUUUAUUUUAUGUAAAAUGUAUAUUGAAUGCUUUCAUUUUUAUACCUGCCUUAAAUAAUUUGGCAAUCAGAAUUAAAAAAAAAAUGCUGUUUUUGUA